CGGGCGCUGUUGUAGAGGACACUAGUAUAAAUUCCAAAUAAUCAUCAAUGUAAACAACUUUAACUACGUUCCGUAGCUGAAUUAACCGGACGUUUUAUUGAAAUAAAUUAAUUCAAUACAUUUGUUAUCAAUUGAACAUGAUUAAAAGUGCUUGAAUUAAUUAAAUUGAAUUGAAUUGACAAAAAUUAUCAUUAACUUUGAGUAAAGUCAGCUGUAAAAAAGUUUAUAACCUAAAAAUGUCGGAUCAUGAUCACGAUAGCAGUGGAGAUCGCGGUGAUGGAGAUAGUGCUAAAUCAGAUAAACUAUUCACUCUGAAAAAGUGGAAUGCUGUCGCGAUGUGGAGUUGGGAUGUUGAAUGUGACACAUGUGCUAUUUGCAGAGUUCAAGUCAUGGACGCAUGUUUACGUUGUCAAGCUGAAAGCAAAAAGGAUUUUGACGGUCGCCAGGAUUGUGUCGUUGUUUGGGGAGAGUGUAAUCACUCAUUUCAUUACUGCUGUAUGUCACUUUGGGUCAAACAAAACAACCGGUGUCCACUCUGUCAACAGGAAUGGUCCAUCCAGAGAAUGGGAAAAUAAUUAUGCACUUCAUUUUUUAGUUAUGAAAAAUUCAUUCAUUUUUCUAAAAUCUGUAUC